GUCGUAUGUCAGCGGAAGGAGAUACGAAAACAAGAUGGCGGCUUAGCUUGACUAGUUUCUUAGACCUUUAUAUGAUUGCUUUCAUCGCGAGAAAAACGAAAAUAGAUAAUAAAUAAUGGACAAUCUUUACCAAGAGACUAAUCGACUCAUCGUAGGAGUUCAGGGGUUACUUAGUAAACUGAGUUCUGCACAUCCUGAUUCACUAAAUGCCCUUGAGCAAGAAAUAGAACAGAACUUGGAGCAAGCAUCAGCCAAUUGCGAUCGUCUGGCAAUCCUUAUUAACAAAGAGCCACCACAGAAGAAACAGAGUGCCAGGAUAAAAGUUGACCAACUGACAUAUGAUUUAAGACACUUAAAGACGGGCUUUAACAACUACCAGCAUCGCAAAAUGCUCAGGGAACAGGAAGAAAGAGAAAGAGAGGAACUCUUAAACAGAAGGUUCACUACAAAUAAUAGUGGUGAGACAUCAAUCAUGAUAGACCACGCCCUACAGCAUAACACUUCUCUUCAAAAUGCUGACAGAGGAAUCAGUGAUUUACUGAGCAGUGGUUCCAGUAUUUUGACGAGUUUACGAGAUCAACGUGUCACUUUAAAAGGAGCUCAGAAAAGAAUAUUGGAUAUUGCCAGCACUCUUGGACUUUCCAACACCGUUAUGAGACUAAUUGACAAGAGAGCCACACAGGACAAAUGGAUUGUUUUUGGUGGAAUGAUAGUCACCUGUAUAAUAAUGUUCUUUGUGGUGAAAUACUUAACAUGAUUUUCCUCGGUAUAGCUACCUAUGUGACGCAUUUUGAAGAGACUACUUUUAGUAUGAAAUAUGCCAAAAAUAUAUCGGAAACGACUGAGGUCCUAGGCAUGACGACUAAAGAUUCAAAGGUGAAAUUGGAGAAGGUUAACUGAAAUAAGAUGCAGAAAAAUCGCUUUUUAUUCGAUGAACUGAUGUCCUUCGCUUCUUUUCGAACCAAGAAGUGUCAGACUGGAAUUUAUUUUUGAAACAUCCCUCCAUGGAAAAGUUACGCGAGGAGUAACCAUUGCUCUUGAGUAAUUGUUCAACCUAUACUCCUGAGUGUCCAGAAUUUGUGUCCUCUUUUGAGGACUGACAUUAAAGAGCUUGACUGAAUUUAUAACCUCUUUGUCCUUCAACUCGAAAAUGAACUGUCCGAGUUUUUUAAGCUUUUCACACUGUAAGAUUGUCAUAAGCUUGAAUACGGUAAUAAAAAAUCAAACAAAGCAAACACGCGUAUGGUAUAGUUUCGUGUUUAAAACACAUAACAAAUCAAGAAUGAUGGAAGUAAUAUUCAAACUGGCAUCUCAGUCAAGAAUUUACAUAAAUCAUGGAGUCAGAGCGAUUGCGAUAAACCCUUCAACUCCUAAGAUCCGAUUUUCAAUUCUCCCCUCUAGCUACUACACAUUUCCUUGUUGAGU